AUGCGGGACUUCAUCCCUGCCCCCAGAGGAGAGUGGGUGGCCACACGUUCCACCACAACUCCUCCCCAUGUUGAAGUGGAGUGGAUCUGUCAGACUUGGUUACUGCAAAGUUUAAAAGAGAUUGCUUUGGGAUUCAUUGUGCCCUUUCAGGAACCAAAGAGUAACUUUUCAUUGUUAAGGCUGUCUCCAAGAAAAUCAGACUGUCUCCAGCGGCGGCACAUUGUCUCUGCAGCUAAGCAGAGCAGAAUGACACCUGAAAACCAAACCUCUGUCCGAGAGUUCAUCUUGGUGGGACUCAGCAGUCACCGUACAACCCAGCUUCUCCUCUUCUUCAUGAUUCUCCUCGUAUAUUCACUUACCCUUAUGGGGAACCUGGUGAUCAUCAUGCUUGUGCAGGCUGACCCUAGACUCCAGACGCCCAUGUACUUCUUCCUGACUCACCUCUCCGUCUUGGAGAUCUGCUACACCACCAGCACCGUGCCCCAAAUGCUAGCUCACCUGCUCUCCGGAAAUGGAGCCAUCUCCCACACUCGUUGCGCAAUCCAAAUGUACACCACCAUGACGCUAGGCGGCACCGAGUGCUUCCUGCUGGCUGUCAUGGCCUAUGACCGCUUCCUGGCCAUCUGCCAUCCAUUAUUAUAUACCAUCGCCAUGGACAGGAGCCGCCGAUGGCAGCUUGCUUCCGCUUCCUGGAUCAUUUGCUGCCUCAUUGCAGCACUGAACAUAGGCUGCACCUUCCAACAUCCCUACUGUGGCCCCAACCAUGUCAAUCACUUCUUCUGCGAGCUACCAUUGGUGCUGAAGCUCGCAUGCGACAACACCUAUGUAACAGAAACCAUUGUUUUCUGGACCUCUGUGGUGGUCCUCCUCUGUCCUCUCUCUGUUGUCUUAACCUCCUAUGGACUCAUCCUGUCGUCUGUGUUACAAAUGGGAUCAAGGGCUGGUUGGCGCAAGGCUUUCUCCACCUGUGCCUCCCACUUAGCUGUGGUCAGUUUGUACUACGGCACCCUCAUCUUCAUGUACUUGAAGCCAGCCUCAGCCAACGCUCCCAACCAGGACAAGCAAAUUGCUUUCUUUUACAUUGUGGUCACCCCCCUGCUCAACCCGGUCAUUUACACCUUGCGUAACAAGGACGUCCAUGGGGCCGUGGCCAGGGUGAUGAAAGAAAACACCAAACUUUAA